AUGCACGCCAAGUUCGCGACCCUCGCCGCCCUUGUGGCGUCCGCCGCGGCCCAGCAGGCCUGCACACUCACGGCUGAGAACCACCCCACCCUGUCGUGGUCCAAGUGCACGUCCGGCGGCAGCUGCACCAGCGUCUCGGGCUCCGUCACCAUCGAUGCCAACUGGCGGUGGACUCACCAGGUCUCGAGCUCGACCAACUGCUACACGGGCAAUGAGUGGGACACGUCCAUCUGCACCGACGGUGCUUCGUGCGCCGCCGCCUGCUGCCUCGAUGGCGCCGACUACUCGGGCACCUAUGGCAUCACCACCAGCGGCAACGCCCUCAGCCUCCAGUUCGUCACUCAGGGCCCCUACUCGACCAACAUUGGCUCGCGUACCUACCUGAUGGCCUCGGACACCAAGUACCAGAUGUUCACUCUGCUCGGCAACGAGUUCACCUUCGACGUGGACGUCUCAGGCCUCGGCUGCGGUCUGAACGGCGCCCUCUACUUCGUCUCCAUGGACGAGGACGGUGGUCUUUCCAAGUACUCGGGCAACAAGGCUGGCGCCAAGUACGGCACCGGCUACUGCGACUCGCAGUGCCCCCGCGACCUCAAGUUCAUCAACGGCGAGGCUAACAACGUUGGCUGGACCCCGUCGUCCAACGACAAGAACGCCGGCUUGGGCAACUACGGCAGCUGCUGCUCCGAGAUGGAUGUCUGGGAGGCCAACAGCAUCUCGGCGGCCUACACGCCCCAUCCUUGCACUACCAUCGGCCAGACGCGCUGCGAGGGCGACGACUGCGGUGGUACCUACAGCACUGACCGCUACGCCGGCGAGUGCGACCCUGACGGAUGCGACUUCAACUCGUACCGCAUGGGCAACACGACCUUCUACGGCAAGGGCAUGACCGUCGACACCAGCAAGAAGUUCACGGUGGUGACCCAGUUCCUGACGGACUCGUCUGGCAACCUGUCCGAGAUCAAGCGCUUCUACGUCCAGAACGGCGUCGUCAUUCCCAACUCGAACUCCAACAUCGCGGGCGUCUCGGGCAACUCCAUCACCCAGGCCUUCUGCGAUGCUCAGAAGACCGCUUUCGGCGACACCAACGUCUUCGACCAAAAGGGCGGCCUGGCCCAGAUGGGCAAGGCUCUUGCCCAGCCCAUGGUCCUCGUCAUGUCCCUCUGGGACGACCACGCCGUCAACAUGCUCUGGCUCGACUCGACCUACCCGACCGACGCGGCCGGCAAGCCGGGCGCCGCCCGCGGUACCUGCCCCACCACCUCGGGCGUCCCCGCCGACGUCGAGUCCCAGGCGCCCAACUCCAAGGUCAUCUACUCCAACAUCCGCUUCGGCCCCAUCGGCUCCACCGUCUCCGGCCUGCCCGGCGGCGGCAGCAACCCCGGCGGCGGCUCCAGCUCCACCACCACCACCACCAGACCCGCCACCUCCACCACCUCCUCGGCCAGCUCCGGCCCGACCGGCGGUGGCACGGCUGCCCACUGGGGCCAGUGCGGCGGCAUCGGCUGGACCGGCCCGACCGUCUGCGCCUCGCCCUACACCUGCCAGAAGCUGAACGACUGGUACUACCAGUGCCUCUAA